UUUAGUGGUGAUAAAGUCCAGCUGGGGAAGGGGUUGGAGAGAGAGCCAGGUAGUAAGUUGAGAGUAAGAAAAGCUCUCCAGGUAAGAAGGCCUGAGAGAAAUCCUGAUUAAGCAGAGGAGAUACAGAAGGACUCAGAAGAGAACUUAAGAGGCUGGGUAGAAAGUGGCUCAGGGAAAAAUGCAGCACAGGUAAAAGGGCAGAACUAGCUGGACAGGGCUAGAAUCUAGAUUAGAGGGUGGGACUGGGUUCCCCUACUGGCCCUAAGGAAGGGGUUUGGAUAAGCAUCCCACAAUGGUUACUGAGCCUAGCAAGGGGGUUAUAGGCUGAGCUGAAGACUGGUUGAAGAAGAGCCCCAGAAAGGGAAGAAUUUUUGUUUGUGCUAAAGAUAUUUUAGGAAUUUAGGGGACUUUCAGUUUGGACAAUUGUGAACUUGGUGGACUUAAGAUAGUGACCUGGUUGGAGGGCUGAGUCACUGGAAGAGGAACUGCCAGAGCAACCAUUGGCAGGGAGUGCUGGCCAAGUGAGAGAGCUGCUAUGCCUCAUCCCUGGACAUGAGGGAGCACCUAGCAGAAGAACCCAAAAGGCUGCAGCAUACCUUAGAACAAGUUAUUGAUGACAAAUAUUUACCUGAAAGCCAUCAGAUUGCUAUGGAUGUGGAGAAUAAUAUCGAAAAAUAUCCUAUCAACUUACAGCCCCUGGAAUCAAAAGUGAAAAUUGCCCACCCCAAAGAGCAUGAAAAGGAGAAGGUAGAACACGCAGUCCUUGGGAGUAUUCAGCAAGCAUGGCGCAAAUAUCUACAGCGUCAGGAUUUGCCGCACCAGGACCACUUGGAGAAGCGCAGUCCCUCACCACCUUCCUUGUCAUCUGACAAGAUGAGCAGUUCGAUCAGCAUGAACACUUUUUCCGUUGGCAGCACUCCUACACAGCACAAAAGACCUGAAUUUAAAACUUUUCACAGUGGAAAGCAACAAUAAUCUUCUAUCAACCAUACACCCCCAAAAGGAACGUAUCAGAAGGGUUGAAAAAAAAAUUUCCAUAAUUUAGACUGUCAGGAAAAGGAUUGCCACCUCAGCCCCGCCAACCAAAAGAAAGAGAGAGAAAAAACAUUAUGGUGGUUCUGAGGGCUAACAACAGUGUCUGGCAGGCCUGAUUUAAACCUAAUGAUGAUAAAUGGUGGUGAUUGCUGCUUAAAUAGAAUGAUAAUUCCAUUUAAUUGGGAUGCCUUCAAGUGACACACAUGCUAGGCCAGGGCUGCCAAGCGGGGCACCCCUCAGCUGGAGAUGGACAAGCAACAAGCCUCCAUGAGAUGAUCCAGCAAUGUCAUCCUUAUUGCAGCUCUGUGUGAUCUCCCCCAAAUCACAACUUUUACUGUUAUAAUAGAUUCUGUUAAUUUGAGAUUGCCAUUUUAUUUAGGAGGAAAAGCCAUCUGUAGUGGGUCUCUCCAUUAGGCAGUUUCUAUAUUAAGGACCAAAUUGAGCCAUCCCAAGUAAUUUUGGUUGACUACCAUGGUUCUGAUUCCAGCUAUUGUAGGAAAAUAAAUGUACUUCAGAAUUCUUCAAAAAUCAUACCCCUUUCAAAACCUCCAGUGCACAGCUAAGAUCUUAGUGAUGUAAUCACUGGACUUCCGCUCAUUUCUAUCCUUUGCAUUUACAGAACAUUACAUUGUAUUUACAGCAGAACUUCCAUAAGGACAAUGCAUGCUUCAACUUUUACAAUGCAUUUGCAUUUUUCAAAGAAAAACCUUAAACUACUGAAAUUAUACACCUGCAUAAUUCAACUGGGCAGCAAGUGUUGCAUAUGGAUUUCAAAUGUAUAGUAGGCAUCCUCCUUUUCUGCCAUUUAAUAUAACAGAUUCAAACUUAAUUCAAAUAUAAUUCUUCAGUUACUCCCCAAUAAAUUUAGUACUGCUGCAAGUGUGCUAAAGUCCAGGAUAUCACUUCUGAGAAUUUUGUGGACAAACUAAAACAAAUUUUUGUUGUUAAACUUCAUCUAAUUUUGUACAUUUAUUUAUUCUUUUAAAUCUUUUUAAAAAUCUUGUGCCUAAAUCAGCACUCUGUUCACUGUUCUUACGCCAAUGUGAUUCUAUUUACUUUAUCCAUGGUGGUGUGUUGUGCCUGUGCAUGGUAGUAAGGUUGCAGCCUAUAUGUAAAACAUUCUUUCUGUCUUUUAGCCACCUCCUUCUCCAAAGCUUACCUUGGACUUUAUCAUAACUUUGGUCAGGAGUCCUUGUGGGAGGAUCCCAAUCAAGCCCUUCCAGGUUACCUGUAUAGACUCUCAUUAACAGCACUGAUACAGUACAACAUACAUGUCCUUGACACUUUGCUACCCUUCCUAUUCUUGGGAGGUGGCUGCUAUUUUUUUUUUGCCUUGUGAAUCUUGCCAGGAAUGUGGAAAACUCCAUUAAUCAGGUGUGGGGGGAGGAGGGGGGAAGGGAGGGAAUCUCCUCCAAAAAAGGAUGAUCAGACUAG